AUGGCGCCCGCCCAGGUUGUUGACGACGUCGACGUCGACAUGGUCCAAGAGGAGGACGAGGACCAGGAGCAGCGCCUCAUCAACGAGGAGUACAAGACAUGGAAGAAGAACAGCCCCUUUCUCUACGACAUGAUUCUCAGCACCGCCCUCGAAUGGCCUACCCUCACCACCCAAUGGUUCCCUGACGUCAAGGAGCCCGAAGACAAGAACUACCGCAUUCACAGACUGCUCCUUGGAACUCACACCUCUGAGGGCCUUCCCAACCACGUGCAGAUCGCCGAAGUCAAGAUUCCCAAGUCUGUCGCCCCGAACCCCGACGACUACAAUGAGGAGACGGGAGAGAUUGGAGGUUAUGGAAAGUCGUCAAACGGUCAGACGGCUGCCGUCGAAUUCAGCAUCGUGCAGAAGAUCGACCAUCCCGGCGAGAUCAACAAGGCGCGCUACCAGCCUCAGAAUCCCGACAUCAUCGCAACCCUCUGCGUUGACGGCAAGGUCCUCGUCUUCGACCGCACAAAGCACAGCUUGCAGCCCACUGGCAAGGUCAACGCACAGGUCGAGCUCAUUGGCCAUAAGCAGGAGGGAUUUGGUCUGGCCUGGAACCCCCAUGAAGAAGGUUGCCUCGCAUCUGGUAGUGAAGAUACCACGAGCGGAAGCCACACGCUGAAGCCCGCCCGCAAGUACACACACCACACCCAGAUCGUCAACGAUGUCCAGUACCAUCCGAUUGCGAAGAGCUUCAUCGGAACCGUCUCGGAUGACUUGACCAUGCAGAUCAUCGACGUGCGUCAACCCGAAACGAAUCGUGCCGCCGUCACCGCCAAGCGUGGCCACAUGGACGCCAUCAACGCUCUGGCAUUCAACCCCACGUCGGAAGUGCUCGUCGCAACAGCCUCUGCUGACAAGACCUUGGGUAUUUGGGAUCUCCGUAACGUCAAGGAGAAGGUCCACACCCUGGAGGGACACAACGACGCCGUCACCUCCCUCUCGUGGCACCCCCAGGAGGCCGGCAUUCUUGGCAGCGGCUCCUACGACAGAAGAGUCAUCUUUUGGGAUCUCUCCCGCGUUGGAGAGGAGCAGAUGCCGGACGACCAAGAAGACGGCCCCCCGGAAUUGCUCUUCAUGCACGGCGGGCACACCAACCACCUCGCAGACUUCAGCUGGAACCCCAACGAACCCUGGCUCGUCUGCAGCGCCGCGGAGGACAACCUCCUUCAGAUCUGGAAGGUUGCCGACUCCAUUGUCGGCAAGGACGACGGCGAUCUGCCGCUCGAUGAGAUUGACCGAUAG